GAACGGGAACAGAGAGUGUUGUGCUCACAGAUGAGGAAGUUUCAGUGAGUGUGAGGUUACAGUGAAACCCUGGGCUUUGUGUGAACACAUGCCUUGGAGGAAAAUGAAGGGAAGGGAUUUGUUGCAAAGUGCCCUCCCCUCCUCCAGCUCCCUCAGCACGGGGGCAGCGCGAGGCCCUUUGUCCGGAACAGCCGCGGCUCCUAUUGGCUGGCUCUUGACAGGUAGGCAUGCGGACUAUCCAAUUGACAGCUCUGGAGGACCGGAAGCGCACGGGACCUCCAGCCAAUCGGAGCACCCCUAUUGUCUGAAUGCGGAAGUUGUUGCUGCAAUAACAUUCCUCCAGGAGACACCAUCAGGGGGUUCUGUGUGUGUGGGCACUUCAGGCUCCAGUUCAUCAUCCAACCUGGAGGGACACAAGGACAACAGCACCGUGGAGAAGCCAUGGCAGUGUGGGGACUGUGGGAAACGGUUCAGGUUUCCAUCUGGGCUGGAGAGUCACCGACGUUUCCACACCGGGGAGAGGCCGUUCACCUGCACAGACUGUGGGAAGGGAUUCACUCAUUCCUCCGACCUGAAGAGACACUGGCGAGUUCACACCGGGGAGAGGCCGUUCAUUUGCUCGGAGUGCGGGCAGGGAUUCAUUCAGUCUUCUGCAUUGAUGGCACACAAGCGGGUUCACACCAGGGAGAAGCCAUUCACCUGCUUCAGGUGUGAGAAGGGAUUCAGUCGCUUAUCCAGUCUGCUGUCACAUGAGCGGGUCCAUACCAGGGAGUGCCCAUUCACCUGCUCUCAGUGCGGGAAGAAAUUUGCUCACUCUGGUAGCCUUCGGGUACACCAGCAACUUCACACCGGGGAGAGGCAGUUCACCUGCUCUGAGUGUGGGAAGGGAUUCACUCGAUCCACCCGACUGUUGACUCACCAGCACAUCCACACCGGGGAGCGACCAUUCCCCUGCACCGUUUGCGGAAAAGCGUUCAGGGAUUCAUCAAAUCUGCUGAAACAUCAGCGAAUUCACACCGGGGAGAAGCCAUUCAUCUGCUCUGUGUGUGGGAGGGGAUUUAUUCAGUCAUACAAGCUGCGGAGUCACCAGAGAGUUCAUCAGUUAAGACUGCAGUUGGAUUCUGCUGUUCUUGCUGCUGAGAAUCACAUCCAGGGCUGAGCAGUGUUCGUUCGGACAAUGGGUGAAGUGGGAGGGUCAGUGUAUUUUGUUUUAUUCCAGUGGGGCUGGUGCUGUCUCAAACUGGGAUAGCACACUUCCUCUUGAAAUGAUCCACAGAAGCUGAUGGACGAUAUUUAUUUUAUCCUGGUUUGGAAACAGAGGUUGCCUACCACUGCAGGUAGAUCUAAGGUCAACCCAGUUAGACCAUGACAUCGAGGAGCACCAUUCAGCCCAUUGAGCCUGCUCCACCAUUUAAUACCAUCGAGGCUGAUCGCAUAUCGGUUUCAACUCCCCUUUCCUGCCUACUCUCCGUACCCCUUCAACCCUAAACUGAUUGAACAUCUGUCUAUCUCCUCCUUAAGUUUACUCCAUGUCCUGGCAUCCACAGCACUCUGGGAGAAUGAAUUUCACAGAUUACUGACCCUUUGUGGGUAGUAAUUUCUCCACAUCCCUGUUUGAAAUUACUACCCCUUAUCCUGAAGAUCGCUCAUUCUAAAUUGCCCCACAAGAUGAAAUAGCCUUCCGAUGCUGAGUAGAUGAGUAAAGACGGUGAGGAGAGUGAUGUAGUCCAAUUUCCCAGCAUUUGGCCCAUAUCCCUCUUACACUUUCCAAUCCACAUACAUAUCCAAAUGUGUUUUAAGUAUUAUAAUUGUACCCUCCUUCACCAAUCCCUUUGCCAACACGUUCCAUUCACACCAUCCUCUGCCCCUCAGGUCCCUUUUAAAUCUUUCCCCUUCUCCUUAAAUCUACGGCCUCUAGUUUUGGACUCCCAUAACCGA